AUGUCUAAUGAAGUGCCUGUGGACAACGAGGUCGCCGCCAGAGUCAGGGCGACCGUUGUAGGCGACUUUCAACCUGGGCACGUCAAUGGCUUCCCUAUGAGGCCCGAUCAGGGGUCGAUUGACCUAGGAUCUAUCGAUGCUCGAUCCUCGAAGCCUCCGGUGGAGGACGAUGUGGACCGCGACAAGAGGCGCGAGUCCGCGGAGAAGCUGAAGUUGAAGCGGCUGCUCGAACAGACCCAGCCCUCGAUAGCCAAGAAGCUUAAGGUGGGAGCAGCCUCGAAAGACUCAGGCUCCUCCGAUCCUCGGCCGUCGACGGGUGUCGAGAGCGCCCCGCCUCGUCCAUUGGUGGGGGAAUCCACCCCACCGUCGUCGAAGCAGAGGAAGAAGGAAGAGGAAGAGCGCGAGCGGGAGACGCAGCAACAACUGCAGGAGGGGCAGCAAAAGCCGCAGCAGGAAGGAGAAGAAGGAGAGGAGGGGCGGCGGCAACAAGGGGACCAGCUCAAGGAGCUGCUGGACCAGGACCGGCAGCAGGAGCUGCGGGAGCUCCAGAGGCAGCAGCGGCAGAAGAGUCAGUAG